AAAAGUAAUCAAGUAAUUAAUGUAGAAACUCUAAGAGUUGCGUGGAAAAAUGAAGAAUUUUUGGUACCAUGGGACUCUACUUUUGUAUUAAGUGCACUCUCUUUUUCUUCUCAGCUGUGAUAAGCUGUUUUAAGCUAUUUAGGUAUCCUAUAAGUCACAUUUUGGGUUUUCAAAAGGCAUACAAGUUCCCUAGAAGUCAAAGGAAGGUUACUCUUAUGAAUCAUUGUCUUCAUUGCUUGUACUAAGGCUCCUAAACCCUUAUAAACAGUGAAGUUUGUCAGUGGAUGAAACAAUUUAGAUUUUGAAUGAAAAUGAAUUGUAUUUUCUCUCUUCUCGUCUCACUCUCCUCUCUAAUCUCACUCUUCUCUUUCUCUCUUCUUCUCUUUCUGUUCUACAUCAAUUGAUAUUAGAGCUUAUCAAGAAACCUACCCUGCAUCCCAUCAAGUCCCAACUAGCAGCAAAAGCUUUAAUCAACAGUGAGGCUACUCACAGAUCCUUGCAUUGUCCCUAUGGAAUUGGUGGACCACUUAGCUCUUGAAGCCUGGGAGAUAAAAAGAUUCAACCUCAUCAGUUAGAUGUGGCAUCAAUGAAGUCGAGCUUUUUACUCUAUUCUUCAAUGUUCUCUCACUACCAGUGAAUAAUAGUGAAAUUUCUAAUGUUGGAACCAAGAGGUGCUCAUCAACCAAUUAUCAUAUAUAGGCCAAUACUACCUUCUGAUCUUGAAGUCCUUGAGGAGAUCCAUGUAGCUUUAUUUCCUAUAAGGUAUGAAAGAGACUUCUUCCUCAGUGUGGUGCAAGGACAUGGAAUAGUCUCUUGGGCUGCUGUUGAUGUUAGCAGGUCGGAUGGCGGCCGUGAUAAACUAGUUGGAUUCGUCACAACACGUCUUAUGUCAGCAAAAGAAAGCGAGAUUUCAGAUUUGCUUAGGUAUAAUGCCUCAAGGCAAGAUCUAAUGCUAGUCUAUAUCUUGACACUUGGUGUGGUGGAGAAUUAUAGAAACCAUGGGAUCGCUACUUCGCUUGUUUGCGAGGUAAUCAAAUAUGCUUCAAGCAUCACAAAUUGUAGAGCAGUGUAUUUGCAUGUCAUUUCCUACAACUUGCCAGCCAUACAUUUCUAUGAGAAGAUGUCGUUUGCGUGCGUAAGACGGUUGCAGAAGUUUUAUUACAUUAAUGGCCAGCAUUAUGAUUCAUAUCUGUUUGUUUACUAUGUGAAUGGUGGCCAUUCUCUCUGCUCUCCAUUAAACAUUGUGGCAGCAGUGGCAGCUUACUUGAGAGACCUUUUUAAAAUGCUGGCUUCCAAGCUGUGGAGGAAACAAGAGAAGCAUAUUCCCAGAUAUCUCAAGUGUAAAGAAACAAGUAGCCUUCUGGUUGCUCAAAACAGAAGGAUCCUUGGCGCCGAUAAUUCUGCGUGUCAGAGUGUAUAGAUAGCCAUUUGAAUAAACCGAGGAUUUAAAAAGAUUCGCUUGUUUUACAUCACCUAUAAACAAUUAGACACAUACCAUCGAGUUUGUUUUCUGUAUAUUGAAAAGAAGCUUCCUCAUUGAAGUUUUCACAUGCCUUGUGGACCAGAUGCUUGUUCUUUGUCGGAUGGAGAGAUUUAGAAACUUGGUUAA